UCGCUACGGAUCAGAUGGGGGUGUCGUCAUAUCAAAAAUCCUAUUCUGAUCAAUGUGCUGCUGCAGCAUAGUCACGGGCAGGAAAGUCUUAUAUCAUUUACAAUGUUGUGAUCUUGACAUUUUCGGUACUUUCCCACAUGCUGAGAUUGCCGCCCGUUCAGGGCCCUGACGAUGAGGAACCUAGAGGAGAACCUAUGAACUCCUUUUCAAUUUCCCUGGUUGGAGUGGUGGACCUCUUCCGUCGCUCGACCAUUCCUCGCCAGUCGUCGGAAAUGGUUAGGGUAAGGUGGAGAGGAUGUGAAAGACGAGGAACACAGCCGUUCGUUACUUUAUUCCUUUCCACUGCAUUGGGCUCUAUUUAUUUAUUUGUUUUUUUUUCUCUAUGUGGAUGGUUGCGUCGGGAGGUUUUACGAGGACUUGGGAGGGUAUUUUUGUCUCUCGCGAGCGCGCUCCAUCUUAUUAUUAUUAGUAGCUAGUGAUUAUUCCAAACCCUCAGCAUACGUACGACGAGUUUGACGCAGACAGCUUAGCGGCCAUACUAGCAG